AUGAGCUCAUUAAGCUCCUACGCUGCCGCGCAUCUCGACCCUCAAGGCGCCGGAGAUGCACGACCAACCGCCCUUCAAAUUAUCCAAGAUGAAGGUGCCGAAGGCAAGCUAGCCGGUAAGGUUAUUAUUAUCACUAGAGCUAUAUCAGGCAUUAGUGUCGAGACAGCUCGUGCCUUAUCGGCCACCGGGGCCACUCUGUUCCUUCUAGCCCGCAACCGAUCCAAGGCCGAGAAGAACCUCACCAGGAUUCUAGAACCCGGCCGCAUCUCGCUGAUCAACUUGGAUCUAGACUCCUUUACGAGUAUCCGUGCCGGAGCUAAAGAGAUCCUUACCACGUCUAAGGGCUAG